AAAAAAACGGAGGGGGUUUGAAUGCCAAUGUGCGUGAUCUACACCUCACACUCCUGAGUCACACAGGUCCGCAUCUUGUAAAACGGAUUGAGAAACGGUCUUCUUGUGUCUGAGUAAAGGACAAACGUUUGUAUUCUUUGUGAAAAUAAAGAGAAAAGGGCAGAGUAUUCAAAGUCAAACGCAUCUUUUGCAUAGCAAUUUGUUAUUCGGCCGUCAAAAAGUCAAAGCGCACAGUCUCUUGUGAGGAAUCCUGAGUUGUGUAGCCUACUAUGAUUUGAAAGAAGAAACCCAAACAUAACUGACAGGAUGAAGAAUAUCUGCUUGUUGGACAUCGUGAUCAUCCUCUGGGCUCUGUGCUCCUCGAAGGUGAGAGGUCAAUGUGAUGAACCGGCCGAGAACUCCAAGCUCAACCUCUCUGUGACCUACAACCUGCCCAUCUUCGAGGCCGACUCCGCUAUACAGAACCUGGUCACCUUCGAGGGGACGGUUUACGUUGGUGCUGUGAACAGGAUCUAUGCGCUGUCAGAGAACCUGACCAAGCUGUCGGAGUACUGGACCGGGCCAGUGUCAGAUGCUGGUGUCGAAAGGCAAUGUGGCCCAAGUAGCCAGGAUGGAGCUGCUGGCAAGCCCAACGCUGUGUUGGACAACAAUAACAUGGCCCUGCUGGUGGAGCGUUACUAUGACGAUGAGCUGUUCAGCUGCAGCUCCGCGGACGCCGGUGUCUGCCGUCGCCACUUGCUGGUGGAGAGAGGAAAUGUUUACAAGGAGGUGAACUGUAUGUAUUCACCCAAGACAGAUGAUGGAGGACAGCAGGGCUGUCCCGACUGUGUUACCAGCCCCCUGGGUUCCCGUGUGCUCAACAUGGUGAGCGGAGGUGUGGUACGGUUCUUCGUGGGGAACUCGGAGAUCACUGGAACUGGAAGUCUGUCCCGCAUGACCUCCGACCCCCAGGCCCAGCAGCCACAGCACCACACCAUCUCAGUGCGUCAGAUGAAAGAAACCCAAGAUGGCUUCCGUUUCUUCUCCGACCAGUCCUACAUGGACCUGGCCCCGGGCCUCCGCGGCGACCACCACCUGCGUUACGUCUACUCCUUCCAGAGCGGUAGCCACGCCUACUUCCUCACCGUGCAGCGUGAGGGCCACAGCUCGCAGGUCUACCACACCCGCAUCGUCCGCAUGUGCGGCACCGACCCGGAGCUGCGGCGUUAUGUGGAGAUGCCCUUUGAGUGCAUCCUGACGGAGAGGCGGCGGCGGCGGCGCUUGGCCAGCGUCGAGGUGUUUAAUGUCCUCCAGGCAGCCCAUGUGGCCGAGGCGGGCAGCGAGCUGAGGCAGGAGAUGGGGCUGAAGGAAAGGGAGGACGUGCUGUUUGCUGCCUUCGCCCGAUCCAAGCCAGACUCCCCGGAACCCACGGCCAGCUCAGCCGUCUGCGUCAUCUCACUGGCAGACGUCAACAACUUCUUCAAGGAUUUCAUCCAGAAGUGCCACACCAAGCAGCCAUACCACUUCACCGGCUCCGAGGAGAAACGCUGCUACAACGGGAGUUCCUCAGACGACUCGUUUGGCUGUGGGAAGCACGGGGAGGGAUACCGUCUGGAAGUGACCACCCCAAUGACCAGACUGGACUACUUCAGCGGUCAAUUCAGCAAAGUCCUGCUGACCUCCAUUGCCGUGGCAACCGCACAGGAACAGACCGUGGCCAGCCUGGGCACCACAGAUGGACGCCUCAUACAGGUGGUAGUUUCCCGUUCCAAACGCAGCACGCCCCACGUGGACUUCCGCCUGGACCCCUCACGCUCUGUUUCCCCCGAGGUGGCACUCCUGUUCCCACAGGGCCACACUGGCUCUCCACAGCGCAGCCAGGAUGGCUCCCUAUUGUUGGUGACAGGAAAUAAGAUCACCAAGGUGCCUCUGAUUGGUCCUGGCUGUGAGCAGCAGUGGACGUGUAGUUCCUGCUUGCUGGCGCCGAGGUUUAUGGGAUGUGGCUGGUGUGACGGCCGUUGCACCAGGUUGGCCCAGUGUCACCCAACCUCCCUCUGGACCCAGGACUCCUGCCCUCCCAUCAUCACCAUGAUCUCCCCAGCCAACGGCCCCCUGGGAGGAGACACCAAGGUGACGGUGUGUGGGAGGAACUUUGGCUUCAACAAGACAGAGAGGUUUGACCAUACACUCAUCAGCCUGGACCUGGCUGGAGCACCAUGUAAACUUCUGAAACGAGAGAGCAACAGUUACAGGUUGGUGUGUGCUCCAGUGUCUCCUGUGAACUCGUCUCAGGCUAGCAAUGUGGUGAAGGUCCACAGUGGAAAGGAGAUGGCCCAACAACAAGGCUUCACCUUUGUGAACCCAGUGAUCAAAGAGAUCUUCCCUGUGUUUGGCCCUAAGUUAGGAGGAACCAUGCUCACCAUCAGAGGCUCUUUCUUAGACAGCGGAAACACCAGACAGGUCACUGUGGGAAACGCCACCUGUGAAAUCCUGAGAGUAUCAGGUACUAUGCUGAUGUGCAGGACCCCUCCCCAGUCAGCCCCAUCCCGCCAGGCGGUGUAUAUGAGGGUGGACUCUGUUGUCCGGGAGGCUCCUGUACUCUUCACCUACAACGAAGACCCUCUCAUCUCCUCCAUCCAGCCCACAAGAUCCUUUAUCAGUGGAGGCAGCACGGUGGUGGCCCAGGGCUUCUACCUUCACUCUAAUCUCCAGCCUCAGAUGGUGCUCAUCCCCACAGCCCAGGAAGGCAAGGUCUUCACUGUGUUCUCUGCUGCCAAUGACUGGAACGAACUGCAGAAAUCAAUUAAGCUGGAGACUCAUAUCGCCCUCACUAACGUAAAGCACCAGGUGUCAAAGCAGCUAGCAGAUGACUGCACCUGUACAUAG